UGUUCAGGCCUCUGUUUCACUCUCAGGGCCUCCACGAGCUCCUCAUUAGUCUGUGGUUUCACAAUGAUGUGCACCAACUUUAAACUGAUGUUUCUGCCUGAGAGAGCUGCAGAUGUGUGUGAAAGGAGCUCUUUCUCUGUCGGCCCCGUUGGCCCCGUGACGAGCGGCACGUCCAAGGCUGUUUCCCUGGAGCUGGGAGUGAAGGAGAGUCUGUGUGAGGAGGCAGACUGAGCUUCAAGGCCUGCUGUUGGACAUUUUGAUUUCAUUUGAGCGUGAAUGGAUUGGCUGCACGUCACUCGGCACACGUGAGCAGGUCCGCUGUUCCCACACACACCCACCGAGCACCGGGCAGACACCAGGCGGAGGACGGCCGGGGACCGCAUGCCUUCCUCGGAUGGAGAGCCGGCGGCGCUGCCCGUGUGAGUCCGGAGCUCCCGCACCGGGAGACAGCAACACAGACUCGGCUGUCCGUCCGUCUUUAGCCGGCGAAACAACCCCCUCUUAGAUUCACUGAUCCACUGAACCCACUGACUGUUGAGUGGCACGCAGAAGGGGAGACCGCGCGCUCCGGAGACACCGGGACCAUGAUCCGGUGCUGCACGGGGGUGCACGGAGGUUAUCUGUGAGGGAUAGAGCCGAGAGGGAAGAAGACAGAAUAAAGGAGAAGGUUUCAGAUCUGUUCUGCUUGUGCACCACACACUCACUAACACCAUUAAUCUAUUGAUCCAUUGAUUGGUGACUGUUUGUUUUGCGCACCGGACACACCGGGACGAUGAUCCGGAUUCGCUCCAGAGUUACAUGCGAAGGUUAGAGAAGUAAAGACUGAUACAAACAACAAAAAGAAGACUGUUGUUUGUCUUCUAUUGCCGAAUCGAUACAUCUAUUGAUCUCAGUAAUCGGUGACUGAGUCGGGAGGAAGGAGGAGAAGCGGAGGAGCUUGUGAAACGAGACGCGGGGCGCAGCGGAGACGGCCGGGGGGACCAUGAUCAGGAUCUUCCCGGAUUUCAGCGUCCAGGUGACGGCUUCGGCAGGCGGUGCACCCGGGGCUGGAGGCGGAGGAGGCGGCGGAGGCGGCGGGAUGGUGACCGGACCCCCGGUGGGUCGGGUGCCGGUGCCGGUCCCCGGAGCCACGAACGGGACCCCGCAGAGCGUGCAGGGAAUCACCGCCUACCAGCAAAGUGACCCCUACUGGGAGCGGCCGGCUAAUGCGGGCAGCUGCUCCGCCGCCCGGCCCAAGACCCUUCACCUGGCCGGCCAGCAGCAUACCUCCUCACCAUGGCUGCAGGCUCUGAGGAAGGAGAAGUCACGGGACGCGGCGAGAUCGCGGCGGGGAAAGGAGAACUUUGAGUUUUACGAACUGGCCAAGAUGCUGCCGCUGCCGGGUGCCAUCACCAGCCAGCUGGACAAGGCCUCCAUCAUCCGGCUCACCAUCAGCUACCUGAAGAUGAGGGACUUUGCCAACCAGGGAGACCCGCCCUGGAACCUGCGCAUGGAGGGACCGCCGCCCAACACCUCCGUCAAAGCUAUCGGUGCCCAGCGAAGGAGGAGUCCCAGCGCCAUUGCCGCAGAGAUCUUCGAGCCUCACCUGGGCAGCCACAUUUUACAGUCUCUGGACGGGUUUGUAUUUGCACUAAACAAGGAGGGACGCUUCCUCUACAUCUCUGAGACCGUGUCCAUCUACCUGGGACUGUCGCAGGUGGAGCUGACCGGCAGCAGUGUGUUUGACUACAUCCACCCCGGCGAUCACGUGGAGAUGGCGGAGCAGCUCGGCAUGAAGCUUCCUCCGGGCCGAGGGAUGUCUCUGUCCCAGGGAGCCGUCAAUGAAGACGGGGCGUCCUCGGCCUCAUCGUCAUCGCACUCGGAGACGCCCGAACCAGUGGAGUCCAGCAGUCCCAGUCUUCUGGCUCCUGACAACACGCUGGAACGGUCCUUCUUCAUCCGCAUGAAGUCGACGCUCACCAAGAGAGGAGUGCACAUCAAGUCCUCAGGAUAUAAGGUGAUCCACAUCACGGGACGUCUACGCAUCAGGAUGGCUUUGACGCACAGCCGCUCCGUGCCCAAUCAGAUCAUGGGGAUGGUGGUGGUGGCUCACGCCCUGCCGCCGCCCACCAUCAACGAGGUUCGCAUUGACUGUCAGAUGUUCGUCACCCGAGUCAACAUGGACCUGAAGAUCGUCUACUGCGAGAACAGGAUCAGCGACUACAUGGACCUGACGCCGGUGGACAUCGUGGGGAAGAGGUGCUACCAGUUCAUUCAUGCUGAGGACGUGGAGGGAAUCAGACAGAGUCACCUGGACUUGAUGAAUAAGGGUCAGUGUGUCACUAAGUACUACCGCUGGAUCCAGAAGAACGGCGGUUACAUCUGGAUCCAGUCCAGUGCCACCAUCGCGAUCAACGCCAAGAAUGCCAAUGAGAAGAACAUCAUCUGGGUGAACUACGUCCUCAGUAAUCCCGAGUAUAAAGACACGCCCAUGGACAUCGCCCAGCUGCCCAACCUGCCCGAGAAAACCUCUGAGUCCUCCGAAACCUCCGACUCUGAGUCUGAGUUCAAAGAAAACUCUGACAAUGAGAAUGCCAAGUCCGAGGGGAAGCCUGGUCACCAAUCAGAACGCAGCGAGGACCCGGAGACAGACAGCAAGCGUCACCAGCAGCCCGGUCAACCACAUUGCUCCUCUGAACAGGAAAUGAAGCGUCAGGAAGAAGGAGAUAGCUCGAGUAACCCUGAGAGCCAGGAGAGUGAUGACAGUCUGGAACCUUCAGAUGGAGAGGUGGAGGAACAGGAGGAAGCGACAGGUGGAGGAGGAGGAGGAGGAGGUGGUGGUGGUGGUGGUGGUGGGGGCAGGCUGGGGAGGUUAGCAGGACUGGGAGGGUUAGGGGGACUGGGCGCCAUCGGAGGACUGGGUAAUCUGGGCGGGCUUCAUAUUAAAGUCGAGCACUAUGGAGAAGGGGAAGAAGUACAGUUACACAACUCGCAAACUUCUUCAUCAGAGGAGGAAGAAGAAGAGGAAGAAGAGGAUGACGACGAAGAAGAAGAUGGAAGCGUGCAAGACUGCGACAGUGCCAGUGUUGGAAGCAAGAACCAGAAGAGGCGAAAGAGGAGGAAAGUGCAGAAAUGGGAUGGGUCCCGGAGUAGAAGGCUCCGUCUCUCCUCGACUACGCCCAGCCCCGUUGCCAUGGGAGAUACCACACCACUAGUUGACCCCUCCCAGCCCACAUCUGCUGGCUCCUCCCACCUCCUCAGUUCCUCUGGAUCUCCGAACAGCACAGGGGCAACAUCCUCUGUCCUGAAAAUCAAGACCGAGAUGGCAGAGCCAAUCAACUUUGACAAUGACAGCAGCAUCUGGAACUACCCGCCCAACAGAGAGAUUUCCAGAAACGAGUCCCCGUACAGCAUGACCUCCAAGCCGGCUGCCACGGGGAGCCACGAGACCUUCCCCUCACCGCACGGAGGCUCUCUUCAGGUAGCUAUUCCAGACUCUGUCCUCACCCCUCCUGGAACCGAGGGUGGAGGAGUGAGGAAGCCUCCUUACAAUGGAAGCUCGGCCCCAUCCUCCGCUUCCAGCGCUGCGAGUUUAGCUCCUCCCUCCAGCGCCUCCUCUGCCGACCCCCUUUCCCCGCCUCUUUCUGCAUCUCCUCGGGACAAGCAACAAGGCACUCCCACCACCUCCUCUUCUUCUUCCUCUUCCUCAUCCUCGUCAUCCUCAUCCACCUCUUCCUCCUCACUGCUGUACUCUGGUGAUCUUGAGGCAUUACAGCGUCUGCAGGCUGGUAAUGUGGUGCUCCCAUUGGUCCAUCGGGUGACGGGGACUCUGGCCUCCACUAACACAACAGCUCCACGGGUCUACACCACCGGGACCAUCAGGUAUGCACCGGCAGACGUUACACUGGCCAUGGCGCAAGGCAACCUCCUCCCCAAUGCUGCCAUGAACUUUGUCGAGAGCUCUGGGUUUGGCCUGGACCCUAAGACCCCCAUGGAGAUGCUCUACCACCACGUCCACAGGCUCAACAUGUCUGCAGCAGCAGCAGCAGGCCCGUUUGUUGGAUCUUCAGCUGCCACGGGCACAAACGGUGCACUGGGAGGCCAGAUGCCCACCACAGCCAACGUUUUCACCACAGCGGAGGGACUUUUCUCGACAUUACCGUUCCCAGUGUACAGCAACGGGAUCCACACCACGCAGACAACUCUGGAAAGGAAGGAGGAUUAACGCAAAACUUUGAAGACCGCAUUACUGUGUUUCUGGAUUCAACAACUGUGUCAAAGUAAAAGACUACUUACUCGCAAAGAAAAAAAAAAA